AAAAAAAUAAAAUCACAGGUCAGCUACGUAAAAAAAAAUUGAUAAUAAUUUUUUCUUUCUAACCUCAAUAAAAUAAUUAUAAUUUAACAAAAUAAAAGUGUAAUAAAUAAUGGCGUCAUUAACGAGUGUCAGAAUUUUAACAAGAAACACCGGCAGUUUGAGACGUUUAACUUCAUCAUGUCUUGGAGCAAGAAAUCAUUCAUUAUUGGCUACAACUCAAAUCCAGAGAUUCAUUCCAUCUCAUGAUAAUAAUGCCAAGACACUAUUAACACCAUUAAAAAUUCAGGGGCCACGAGUCGAGCAGACAAGAAGUUACAGCGAAAAAUUUCCAUUGACACUUGACCUUAUUCGUGAUCGAGUCCUUUUGAUUCUCAAUCUUUAUGACAAAAUUGAUCCAAAAAAGCUAACACUUGACUCUCACUUUAUGAAUGAUCUUGGUCUUGAUUCACUUGAUCAUGUUGAAGUAAUAAUGGCAAUUGAAGAUGACUUUGGCUUUGAAAUACCAGAUAUUGAUGCUGAAAAACUCUUUAAACCAUCAGACAUUAUUCGUUAUAUUGCUGACAAAGAAGAUAUUUAUGAAUAGAUUUUUGAUUAUUAAUCAAUUAAAUAAAUAAAUAAUCAAUAAAACGUUAGUAUCUACUCAUCUGUAAUUGUUUCUUUUUUUUUUUUAUGAUUAACUUCCUAAAAAUAAUGUUUAAUAAAUUGGAUAAAUUCGAAAAUUAUUAGGAAGGUGUAUUUAUUUUUUAUUUGAUUAACAAUUUUACCACAUUGUGAUACACUUUUUUAUAUAUUUAAAAUAAUUAUCAGUACAAUUAUUGGUUUGCGGAUUUAAUGAGGGUUAAUUGUCAAUUAGACAAGGGAUUUGACAUAUUUUUUAAAAAUAAAUUAUCAUUUCAAAAUUUGUAACAACAAACACAGUAUUUUCUUUUUUUUUUUUUUUUAUAAUCAAUGCUGAUUGGUUCCUUGGUAACUUUAAUUAUUAUCAGUAACUAUUUUUUGUUAAAAUUAUUUAUUAUUUGUUUAAUCAAAAUUAAUAUUAUUUUUAUGUUUUUUUUAUUUUAAAUAUUGGCCAAAGCCGGAAGCAUAAGUCACUUGUGAUUUACAUCAUGUUUAUCGAUAUUUUACACAAAUACAUUUUUCAAGUGUUAUUAAUUUCUUUUUUGUUAAUAUAUAAACGUCAAUAUUUAUUUGUAAAAUUUUUUAUGAAAAUUACACUGAAAAUACUAAUUUAAAAAUAUGAAAAACACAAAAAUUAGAUGAUUAUUUGUGGCAGUAUAUAUUUAAUGCAAAUAUUUUUGUAAUUAUAAAUAAUAUUGCCACAUUUAUUGCUGAUGUUAUUGAUUUUACAUCAAUGGCAAUUACAACAAUUGAUUAAUUAAAAAAUUAGAAAAAACAUAGAAGCAUUGAAUACGCUAUUGUUUUUUUUUUUUUAUCAAAGAAUCUUUUUUUUUUUUUUGUUAAUCAACACAAUCUAAAUUGUUUACCCUUCAACGCGUAUUAAUUACCUACAGUUAUAAUUAUUUAUUUUUAAAUAAUUUCUAUUCAAUCUAAUUAAAAAUCAUUCAUUUAUCGUCGCAAGUUUAUUAACAGUAACUAUUUUUAUUUAAUAAAGAUUUGAAAAAAUAAAAUAAUACAAAUGAUUUAAAUUAUCAGCAGUUUUUCUGUUUGAAUUGUUAUUAAUUAUUAUUAACAUUAAUAAAUAAUAAUUAACUAACAAUUAUAGUAAAUAAUUGAAAAAAUUAACUUUCAAAGUUCUCUAAAGUUAAAAUAUAAUUUUUUUUCAAAGAAAUUAUUAAUUAAUUAUGUAUUAAUAAUAUUUUAAAAAAUUAUUACAUUAAUUAUUUUUGUUAAUGUUAAUUACACAUGAAUAAUAUUGGGUAAUAAGACAGAGCUAACUUGAUUUUAGUAUUUUAAUUUUACAUAAUUAUUAAUAAUUUAUUCAUCAGCAGAAUUUUCAUGUUAAAUAAUCUCAUGAUAAUUUGCUGGAAUGAUUGAAAGAUUUUAGUCUAAAAAUUUUUUUUGUUUUUUAUAUUUAUAUACGAGUUUAUAAACCUUUUUUUUUUUACUUAAAUUUGUUUUUUAUAAUAAUUUUUUUAAAUGCCAUUUAGGUAUUUCGUCAAAAGGCAAUUCAAUUUUAAAAUAAAUGAUAAUUUAAUUACGAGUUUGUUAGUUUUUUUUUUGGGCGUAAUUAUUUUUUUUAGCAUCAUGUUAUUCGAUUACACAAUUUUAUAAAAUAAAAUUAGGAGAAAAAAAAGAGACUGGUACUGAAAAUAAUUAAGCAUCUGCGACGAUAUUGAUUUGAAAACAAAAAAAAACAUUUUAAAUAUGAUUGAUAAUAUUAUUUAAAUUUUAAUCAUAUUUAUGAACACUUGGGCAGUUUUUGAGUUCACAAGAUAUAAUUGUAUUGUUUAUGAUUCGUUAAAAUAAUUAAUACAAUAUCUCGAUGAUUAAUUGUAAAACAAAAUGUUGCGUGUGGAAUUUUUUUUUUUUUUUAAAUCAGCCUUUGUAUAUUUAUUCUUGUGUCUCAAUGCUGAACUCAAGUAUUUUAUUUUAUUUAUGAAAAAUUAAAGCUCGAUAUGCCAAUUAAUUAAUAAAUUAACUGUCAUUAUUAUUCGAGUUAAAAAUAUAACACUAAAGUAUCAAAUUAAACAUUUUGAUAAUAACAAAAUAUCUUUUUGAAGUAAAUUUUAUAAAAAAACAAAUUAACUAAAUCUAAUUGCCGAGAAAAAUUAUUUUUUUUUUAUAUUUUAAUUGGCUUUAUAUUAUUAACGUAUUUAAUAAUAAUCAAAACAAAAUGUACUAUCAAAAUUGUGGGUCUCGUGUCAACUCGACAAAAAUUAUUAAAAAGUAAUAAUAACAAUAAUAUUAUUUUCUUUGAUUAAAAAAUAUCCAAUGAUAAACAUUAAUAAAUUGUUAAUUUUUUUUUAGCAAAAGAAAAUUAUAAUUGGGCGAAAAAAAAUUAUCUAAAUUUAAUUAUCGAGCACGUAAGAUAAAUUCCUCUAUUUGUUAUUUACUUUUUUUUUUUUUUUUUUUGAAUAAUUAUUUAUAAAUAUAAUAAUCUUAUUAUCGUCAUCAAUCGUCAUUAACAUUUUAUUUUUCGUAUUUUUUAAAAAAGUGUUUCAAUUUUCUUUUCAUGUAAAAUUGUAUUAGGCACAAAUAAAUUUAUCAUUUUCCUGAGUUUAAAGGAUCUUAA